CGCGGUGGGGGACGUGGAGGAUUUCAGCAGCGUGAUUUUGGCCCUCCAGCUACAGUCGUCGAAAUGGGGACAUUUAUGCAUGCUGUGGAGGACGAGAUGUUAUGUUCCUCCCUCAUAUCCGACAGGGUCCCUUACUUCAACGCCCCCAUUUACCUUCAGAACAAAUCCGUGAUUGGCAAGGUCGACGAGAUCCUUGGCCCUAUCAAUGAAGUUUAUUUUUCAGUCAAAAUGGGAGAAGGUAUGGUUGCAAGCAGCUUCAAGCAAGGAGAUAAAGUAUAUAUUGGAGGCGAUAAAUUGUUACCCAUCGAGCGAUUCCUCCCCAAACCAAAAGUUGCAGGU